UGAUUCUCUGAUAAAAUUUUCCGUUUGUUUCCUGAGCAAAUAUCGGGAAGGAAAACACUUUUUUUUUCCUGUUGUUAACUCGUUUGUGAUUGUUAAGCUUUCUUUUGGAGAAACCUGGUUAUCUUGCUGCGUUUACUCUGAGGAGGUGAGGAUGUCGACCCCUGCGAGGAAGAGAUUGAUGAGGGAUUUUAAGAGGUUGCAGCAAGAUCCUCCUGCUGGAAUUAGUGGUGCUCCUCAAGAUAACAACAUUAUGCUCUGGAAUGCUGUUAUAUUUGGGCCUGAUGACACCCCUUGGGAUGGAGGUACGUUCAAGCUGACACUUCAGUUCACGGAGGAUUAUCCAAACAAGCCACCUACGGUUCGUUUUGUAUCUCGAAUGUUCCAUCCAAAUAUAUAUGCUGAUGGAAGCAUCUGUUUGGACAUUCUACAAAAUCAAUGGAGUCCAAUUUAUGAUGUAGCUGCGAUACUGACAUCUAUUCAGUCAUUGCUUUGUGAUCCAAAUCCAGACUCCCCUGCAAAUUCAGAAGCUGCUCGGAUGUUUAGUGAGAACAAGCGCGAAUACAAUAGGAGAGUACGUGAGAUUGUCGAGCAGAGUUGGACUGCCGACUAAGAUCUCAUGUUCGACUCCAUAGUAAGAACGAAGCGUGAAUACAAUAGGAGAGCAUGCGAGACUGUCAAGUGGAGUGCGGACUGCUGAUUGAUAGCUCGAGGUUUGGUUUGUAUGGAACAGCAAAAAUAGUCCAGUGGCCUGUCUAAAUAACAUUGAAAACUGAAAAUGUGUUGCAAACUAUUUUGACUCUAUUAGUUGUUUGUCAUGAAAAUGAACGCUGCUGCU